UGGUGACGUGUCUGUUGUGCUUGUCAGUACACACGCACACGCCCGGCCGGUGUCGACCCAGAUUGAUCGCUGUGCUGGACUGUCUAUUUUAACAAUCAGGACAAUCAGGUGGACAUUCGGGACACCAUGGGUAUCAAAUUCUUGGAAGUGAUCAAGCCAUUCUGCGCAGUUUUGCCAGAAAUCCAAAAACCUGAAAGAAAGAUCCAGUUCAGGGAGAAGGUUCUAUGGACCGCCAUCACACUCUUUAUCUUCCUGGUUUGCUGCCAAAUCCCUCUCUUUGGCAUCAUGUCAUCAGACUCUGCAGAUCCAUUUUACUGGAUGAGAGUGAUUCUGGCCUCCAAUCGAGGCACAUUGAUGGAGUUGGGCAUCUCCCCUAUUGUCACCUCCGGCCUGAUCAUGCAACUCCUUGCUGGGGCUAAAAUCAUCGAAGUUGGAGACACACCCAAAGACAGAGCCCUUUUUAAUGGAGCGCAGAAACUGUUUGGAAUGAUCAUCACCAUUGGCCAGGCUAUUGUUUACGUGAUGACUGGCAUGUAUGGUGACCCCUCAGAGAUGGGAGCUGGAAUCUGUCUGCUCAUCAUCAUUCAGUUGUUUGUGGCCGGGCUGAUCGUACUGCUGCUGGAUGAGCUGCUCCAAAAAGGCUACGGUCUUGGCUCGGGCAUCUCACUGUUCAUCGCAACCAACAUUUGCGAAACCAUCGUUUGGAAGGCUUUCAGCCCUACCACUGUGAACACCGGCAGAGGCACAGAAUUUGAGGGAGCCAUCAUCGCCCUUUUCCAUCUGCUGGCAACCAGGACGGACAAAGUGCGCGCCCUGAGAGAGGCCUUCUACAGACAGAACCUGCCCAACCUCAUGAACCUCAUUGCCACCGUCUUUGUUUUUGCCGUAGUCAUAUAUUUUCAAGGAUUCAGAGUUGAUCUGCCAAUCAAGUCGGCUCGCUACCGCGGCCAGUACAACACUUACCCCAUCAAGCUCUUCUACACCUCCAACAUUCCCAUCAUCCUGCAAUCAGCGCUGGUCUCCAACUUGUACGUCAUAUCCCAGAUGCUGUCCACACGCUUCAGUGGCAACUUCUUGGUCAAUCUGCUCGGAACGUGGUCUGACGCUUCAAGUGGCGGUCCAGCUCGGGCGUAUCCCGUGGGUGGUCUUUGUUACUACCUCUCCCCGCCUGAGUCAUUUGGAUCAGUUCUAGAGGAUCCAGUGCACGCCGUUAUCUAUAUUGCCUUCAUGCUCGGAUCAUGCGCUUUCUUCUCCAAAACCUGGAUCGAAGUCUCGGGCUCCUCCGCAAAAGAUGUGGCAAAACAGCUGAAAGAGCAGCAGAUGGUGAUGAGGGGACACAGGGAGACUUCCAUGGUUCACGAACUCAACAGGUACAUUCCGACUGCGGCUGCAUUCGGCGGGCUGUGUAUUGGCGGGCUGUCGGUCAUGGCUGACUUCCUCGGCGCUAUCGGCUCCGGCACGGGAAUCCUUUUGGCUGUCACCAUCAUUUAUCAGUACUUUGAGAUUUUUGUCAAAGAGCAGAGUGAAGUAGGCAGUCUAGGAGGAUAUUUCUUUUAGAAGUUCCCACGUUUGAGCAACUCUUAUCAGCGUCUUGCGUAUUUUUGACACCUUUUGUGAAGCACUCCCCUCAUCAGCUUCCCGUCAGUAGGACUUUUUGGAUUCUCACAUCAAAUGAUGUGUCGGACGUGUGAGAUGACAGAAUUUGUGCUACCUCCAUUCAUCCUCAAAAAGACAUGGCAGUUGAAUUUUUUUUGCUCCAUUUUGAAGCUCCCCAAUAUUCAUUUAAAGACUGCCUUUGUGAGGGGCAUUGAGGUUUUUUGAUUUAUUUCUUUGACCGACAUGAUAGAACUUCAGUAUGCGGGCAUGCUGGGAUGAUGGUGCCCCAAUUCUUGCUGUGCGCAUGACAACCUUCUCACAGAGCUUAUACAUUCUUAAUCCACUUUGCUUUUUUUUCCUGAUGAGCUGCAAAUUUUAAGAAGGUGCAAGAAGCUGGCUGAACUGUGUCAGAUCUUAGCAAUUGAUGCUUCUCUGGGCGUUUUUAAUGGAACACAAUGUAAGUGAAGAAAAAAGGAUGUGAGGUUUACAUUUGUGUCUGGCAGGAAUUCCAACUGCUUCUUUCAUAAAAAGGCAAUCCCGAGAGCUUCAGUAUUAACUCAGUGGUCAUAUUCAUGUUCUUAAUAUUUCCUUUGUUUUUAUUGUCUGUUUCGAGAAACAUUUUGUCACCGGUUAACCCCCCCCCCACCCCCCCUCGACAGAUAAUUUAUUGUUUUGUGUACAUAGGCAAUGUGGAAUUCUUUUAAGUGUAUAAUAGUCUUUGGAAUAUGUAAAAACAUGAAAACAUUUCAGAACGAACAUUUGCAAAUAAAACAAUUUUUGGAAAAAAA